AUGGUCAUCGAUCUGGAAGUAGAGGGGCUCUCAUUCCCCAUCAUCAACCUUACAGAGCAUAUCCAACUUCACACCGCUAUGCCCACUCGCCCCAACCCCUUGGGCUCCAUCCCUGGUGACCUUAUCUCCCUCAUGGAGGAUCCGCAACAACCCUACACCACUCCAGCAGCUCCACCUAUAGCAGCAAACAUUUUCCCACCAUGUGUUCGACAAAUUUCCCGCAUGAAUCCUCCAUCCCUGAAUGAGCCCCCUAUUCACCGCCCAGGCCUCUCUUACUCCUUAGCUUUAAGGAGUGAGAGGGAUCUCUCGAUCAGCGCAGCCCCUUUGUCGCCCAUUGCCGAGACUCACCACUUCCAUCAACCCAUCCCUUCCACUCCAAACCGCAAGACCCCGCGCCCUUCACCUCAAUCCUCCUACCCUUCUACACCCCACAUCUCCCCGUCGCCUAUUCUCCCUCCCAGCAUUGUCCGUGAAACCCCAGGACCCGAUGCUCAGGCCAUCCAGGCGAAGGGCUAUUGCUGCCAAGUUGGGUUUCCAUCACUCUAUUGUGGAGGAAGAGGUGGAUGA